AUGCCGGAUAAAUACGUGACACUAAGGAAAAUUCUAAACGAUAAUCAUGACAUUCUAUCCACUGAUAGCUCAAAAUCAAGCGGAGACUACUCUCUGUUCACUUGGGAUGAGGAAGAGCAGAGACAUGAAAAUGACUUGUCUUCUUAUUUCUCUGCCACAGACAAUAACUCCUCCUUCAAUUUGCAAAGUAUGAAAAAAAAAAAAAAAAAAAAAAACUCGAAAAAUAAUUCUGACCAUGUACAGAAAAAUAAGAAUGACAUUUUUAAUAGUAAAGCGCAAAGGAAGAAAUCUGGAGAAAAGGAGAGAAGCGAAAAAAAAAAAAAAAAAAAGAAAAGAAAAAAAUACGCUUGGUGUAUAAGUAACAAUAUAAAGGAAUAUACUGAAAGAAGGAAUGAUGCAUGUUUUGACAGUGAGCAAAGUGAAAGAGACAAAGAAAGAGAUGAAGAAAGAGAUGAAGAAAGAGAUGAAGAAAUAGACAAGAGAAAAAAAGGAAAACAUAAAAAGGAAAAAAGAUACAAUAAAAAAAAGAACAUACUCUCUGAUGAUCAUUGGUUGGAGAAUUCAUUUGAAUCUUAUUCCACUCCAAGUUUACAACAUCCUAAUUUGAAAUCUGUUAAAAAGAAUUCCAUAUAUGGCCGUUCCUUUCUAAAAGAAGGGACAGUUCCAUCUAUGAGUCAUAUUUGCCAAGUGGGGUCACAUUCGGGAACCGAUCAUGUGUCAUUUGGGGAGUGCUUAGACAGAGCAUACUCUGGUAGAAAUUCGGAUCAUCAGGACGGGGAAGAAGGAACCAAUUGGAUGAACCAUAGAGGCGGAGAAGAAGGAACCAGUUGGAUGAACCACCAAGAAAAGAAUAACGCCGAACAAUGCACACUGUGCUCAAAAACAUCCUUAAUGAGAAAAAUAAAAAAAAAGCUCUUCCCUAUGAAUACAGUAAAACACAUGUGUGCAUCAUGUUUUUUUACUUUCAUGAAUUUAAUUAAUUUCAAUCCAGUGGUUUGUAUUUCCUGUUUUAGUUUACACUUUCCAGAGAAUUCUACAACAUCGUGCGUAAUAUGCACCUGUUCAGAUAAAAAGACUGACUUGGUGGAGCACAGAGAACUGCAUCUAGAUGUGGCCAAGAAGGAAUUAAAAAUAAUUAUAUCAUUAGCUAAAUAUGAAUCAAAUCAUAAUUUACAUUCGGAUGUAUUUUUAAACUAUUUUGUUAAUAUGAACUUUUGUCUUAAAAAUUUAUACCUUUACUUGAAUUACCAACAAACUCUCGUUUUUAAGAAUAGUCGCAUCUUCGCAAGGUAUACCCUUCCCUUUUCCGAUCUUAUUACAAAAUUGGGGGGUCUUCACCAGAAGGAAAAUUGGAAUAGCGAUUGUGCAGGGGGGAAUAGCGAUUGUACAGGCGGGAAUAGCGAUUGUACAGGCGGGAAUAGCGAUUGUACAGGCGGGAAUAGCGAUUGUACAGGCGGGAAUAGCGAUUGUGCAGGCGGGAAUAGCGAUUGUGCAGGGGGGAAUAGCGAUUGUGCAGGGGGGAAUAGCGAUUGUGCAGGCGGAAAUAACCAUUGCGCAGACCGAAACAGCUAUAAUAUAAAGCAAGAUGCCGAACCUGCUGCACCAUUUGCAACCUCGCACAUUGAAUACCACAAUAGCUCAACAGGAAAGGAUAAAGAAAUAAGGAAAUCCAUUUUCACAGAAACUGGAAAUAAGAAGUCCGAAAAUUCCGAAUGCGUUCAAAAUGUCGAUCGGAGUUUCCUCGAAAUUUCUAGCCAUGUUGAUGUCACUCUUCCAACUGAGGUUCCAUGGGAAAGUGAAAAGGAAAAAAAAAACAUCUACAAGCUAAGUCAUGCAGAGGAUGAAAACUGCCUUAACACUUCUUCCAAUAGGCAAGGAAAAGAACACGUCAACUUGUUCUCCCAUGUGUGUGUCCAUGCAGGGGGACACUUAGCCCUUCCUAGAAGUAGUGAAGUGGAAGAAGUUGACGAAGUGGAAGAAGUUGAAGAAGUGGAAGAAGUUGAAGAAGUGGAAGAAGUUGAAGAAGUGGAAAAAGUGGACGAAGUUGAAGAAGUGGACGAAGUUGACGAAGCUGAACAAGUGGACGAAGUUGACGAAGCUGAACAAGUGGACGAAGUUGACGAAGCUGAACAAGUGGACGAAGUGAAAGAUGUGGGAGAACCGAAUGGAAAAGAAAAAUACAAAGAAAGGAAACCUGAGUUUCUUUUCCUGGAGGGGCAACAAGAGGGGUAUCUGAUUAAACAACAAGUGGAGGUAGUAGAUGUAGAGUCUGAUAAGUCAGACUAUGAAAACAUGAAGGGGGAUGGAAAUAGGAGAAAAUUUGAAGAGAAGGAAGCAGCGGUAGGGGAGGAGGAGAAGGAGGGGAGCAUGUGUACCAGUGAGGUUACCAUAGAAAAAGUUGCAAACAUUUGCGAGUAUCCAAGUGAUGAAUUGCUACCUGAUGAAUUGCUACCCGAUGAGUUGCUACCCGAUGAGUUGCUACCUGAUGAAUUGCUACCUGAUGAGUUGCUACCUGAUGAAUUGCUACCUGAUGAAUUGCUACCUGAUGAAUUGCUACCUGAUGAGUUGCUACCUGAUGAGUUGCUACCUGAUGAGUUGCUACCUGAUGAAUUGCUACCGGAUGAGUUGCUACCGGAUGAGUUGCUACCGGAUGAGUUGCGACUUGGCUGCGUCUCUCCAAAUGAAGCGCCCACAAAAUCGCUAGAUGGAAGCAAAACGAAAAGCUCAAAAAUUAUCAGAAAAAUAUUAACGAAAAAUGAAGAGGAGAACAAGCUAAAUGCUGAGAAUGAAAUGGAAGAAAAGAUUCUGAGCACUUUCAAUGAGACAAUAAUACAUAGUCUUCUACAACUGAAAAAUGGAAAAAUACAAACAUCAUUUCAUCAAUUAAAAAAUUAUGAUAUAAAAUUAAAUCAUAUUAACAUGAACAAAACUGUUAAGAAGUAUCACACGAGGGGGAAUAUGUUCUUGUAUUAUAUGCGUUAUCUACAGCGACAACAAAAGGAGGUAGAUCGUUUAUACAGCACCUUGCAGGCUGCAAACGAAGAGGUGGAAAACAUCAAGAGGAGAUUCAGAUUGCACUACGGAAGUACUGCCAAUGAAUGUGAUGUAAACAAAGGAAUAUACACCAAGAGAAAACUGUUAAGACGCGUGCAAAUAUUGCUAGAAAACAAAAUAAAUAAUUUUGAGAAAAUGGACAAUGUAAAGGAAGUGCACAGAAUAAUAGACCAGGUUCAUAAAGAGCUUGGAAACGCACUAACAGAACGAGAAGACUAUCCAAAAAGAAGCAUAAUUGAAAUUAAAAAUUAUUUAAAAAAUUGGACUUUCGAAAAACAUAAAAGAAACAAUAUAUCAUUCACAAAAAAAAAAAAUAACGAAUUAUUUUACUUGCAUGUUAUGUAUGAAAAUUUUAGCACUGAUAUACAAUCUCUCAUGAAAAUAUUGACUAUUCUUUGUAACCGAUUCAACAAUAAAAAUAGACCAUUAAAUGAAAUACAAACUUUUGAUACCUUAAAUAAAAUAAAACUAUUUUUAUAUGAAAAGAAAAUAAACAAAAUAAUUCGUAAUUUAAACAAAACUCCUAAAAAUAGAAUUCCAAUAAAAAUGUACCAUCAUAAUGCACCAGUAGAUGAAAAAAAAUUAAUAAUCAGAGAAGAAAGAUCUUUUCUCCAAAAGAGCAGAAAAAGUACGACUCUCUUCCCUGUUCCUGAGACAGUAUGCAUUUUAGAUAUUAAAAAAAAAAACCUUGAAAAGUUUUUGCUGUCCAAUGAUAAGAUUGAAAUUGUGAACAAACAUUCGUUGCUUUUCCUACGGGAGGUAUAUUAUUUCGAUUCCAUAUUUAUAAAUAACAUUUUUUGCAACGGAUUUAUGUCUUCUGUUAUAUGCAAGUAUAUAGACGACUUCGUGAAUCAGAACAACGUGGCCUUGUUUAGUUUCUCCCUUAACUUUUCAACGACAAAAAAAAAAAUGUCUUUUUUGAGUUCCUUUAGUGAUUAUUUCGACGUUGAGAAAGCCCACGGAAGGAGCAGAGAUACAAAUGAUCAGCGGUGGAGAAAUUCUCAGUUGAAGGAAAAUCCGCACCUGCACAAAAACACUAACUCACGCGGAACAAGCACCCGUGAAGAGAAAAUCUAUGACACAGAAAAAGAGGAAAAAAUUACAAAUAGAAAUAUCAAGCAAAGAAGAAUGGAAAAAGGGAACACUAAUAACUUCUUCCAACGGGAGGACGAAACGUGGAAGUGGUAUGCUUCUCAUAAAGACGUGCAUUUAUAUACACGUUCAAAUAAGUUUCAAAGAAAAAGGAUUAACAGAAAAAGUACAUAUGUCAAUUAUGCUAGUGCAUCGAAGGAUACCAAAAAGGCAAAAGACAUAAAAGAGGAAAAGGGGGAAAAAGCAACAAGUGCCAGAACUGAGAAAAAAAAAGUGUCUUACAUGAUGAAUGGAAGAAAAAAAAAAACAAUGUUAACAAAAAUUGUAAAUGAAUUAAAAAAAAGAGCGAAUAAUAUGUAUGUUGAUAAUGCAUACAACUUAACAUUACAUAUAUAUGCCCAGCGUGGCAUGGAACGCCUUUUUAAUAUUGGUGAGUGUGUAUUCAAGAGUGCUGUUAAUACAGGGGAAUUUGCACACGAUCAUAUGGAGUGCAUAUCGCGUGAGACUGAUGGGUGCAAAGCUCGUGUGUGUGCCGGUAGUGUCGAGGGAAGAACAAUUACUUCUCAUGCAGACGUGAGCACUACUAUUGCUACCACUUCUAUUGCUGCUACGGACACAUGGAAUGAACAAAAUAAAACAGGGACGAAAGAAAAGAAUAAGCAUGGAAAUUUACACAGACAACACAGUAAUGUUGAGACGGAGGGAAGUGGCAACAGGACCAAUCUAUACUUACAGUACAUUGACUUAAAAAAAAUUGGGAGCAUAAAAAGGUGCAUAAAUUAUAAAAAUAUAAAUAAAUUUAAAAAACAUACAAUCAUUUUUCUCAUAAAAUUGGAGCUGUUCUUACAUGAGGAAAGUCCAAGUGGAUGUAAAAAUGAAAAGCGGAGAAAAAAUAAUAAAGCCAUCUUUCAUUUCUCCCUCGUGGAUAUUAAUAUACCAAUCUUUGAUGUAAUGAAACGGAAAAAAAACAAAAUUAAUUACAUAACUGAAUUUAAAAAUAAAAAAAAUUUUGAAAACAUUUUCAUAAAUUACAUUCAGUCGCACUUUCUUAACACCCCUCCUCCUACUCCCAAGAAUUCUGGUUAUAACCAAAUUGUUAAGUUUCUUUUUCGAAAAAAUCCAAACAUGUGUUUUCUUCUACAUAUGGAAGAUGAUUUUCUCUUUAGCAACACUUCACCACUUUCCUCAUGUCAAGCAAAAAACAAGAAUGGGAAAUCUGAUAAUGUUAACAAUGAUACGGAUCACAUGAAUAAAGAAAAAUACAACAACCUCAUCAUUUUGCAACUCUUGUAUAUUUACUACUGGUGUAGUGUGUGCGAAUGUGGUAUCUUGGAAAAUAUUAGCAACUGA